GAUACAGUGGCCGUUUCAUCAAGCUCACAUUAUGGAAACAUUUGUUUCUCAACUUAUAGGUUUACAACAUUAGAAACUUUUCUCUAACGGAAUCAUCGGCGUGGUUAUUCAUCUAGAGAAGCAACGUAAAUGAUGGCUUCAUCUGAACAAUACAAAUUAGAUAAUGGGGAGAGCUAUCAUUCAAAUUGUUUCCCCAUCCGAUCAUUCUUUCAUCAAAGAAGAGAAGGAGUUGGCCAAUGGCUUGUGGCGCACAAAAAUUCAAUGGAACACAAAUACAGGAGAGAUCAGAUGAAAACGGAAGGACUGAAGUUCUCAAACUCUGAUGUAUCUGAGGGCAAACAAGUUAAAUAUAUCCCUGGCAACACACUGGAUGGCAAUUUACUGAUGAAGUUGCAUUGCGUGGACCAGCCAUCUGACCUGUGCUCGGUGGACAUCAGUGAACAGAGACUGAAUUCUGUCAAGACUGAAGAUUUAGUGGAUUUUGACAAUGUUGCAUAUGUCAACGCAUCUGACAACUCUCUUCCAAUAGAGCCAUUCAGCAAAUUCUCCUCCUUAAGGGAGCUUGAGCUGUCCUUGAAUAGUCUCUGCAACAUAACAUUCAAUCCUGAUGGCUUCCCUCACUUGGAGGUUCUGGAUUUGUCCUACAACAACCUGUCUGUUGAUGACAUCAUGUCCAUUGGCUUACUUCCCUGUCUGAAAGCCCUUCAUCUAACUCACAAUCAACUCCAGGCUCUUCCUCCCAACCUGGCUGCCCCACACAAAGGCCCCUCACAGCAGUCUGUGGAGGAUGCUGGGACACGGUUCAGAGCUCUUGAGCUGCUAUCGCUAGAUGACAAUAAACUCUCCUCUGGAGUCUUCAGCAGCGUUGCCAACUUGAAAAGACUACAGUAUUUAAACCUGCAAAGAAACUAUAUCUCCGACAUACCAUACAUGCAACAGACAGGGCAUCUGCAGCACUGGCCAACUGAGAACAAGCAGCCUAGUGAAGACCUUGUGAAUUACCUUGACUCCCCUGAAGUAAUGAGAGAAGCUUCUAACUGGAUGCAUGAUGAUUCAAAACACAGUUGUAAGGAAAUGAAGAAUGACUCAGGGGAGUCCAGAGUCGUCCCGCACAAUUCCCAGAGUCACAUUUCCCUUGACACUGUGAAAAGAGAGGAAUCGUCUGGAGCAUUCACCUUGCCACUGCCAGAGCUUCGCUUCCUCAACCUAGCCAACAAUAAGAUAUUUGAGGAAGAAGGGCUGUUGGCCGUCGCUCUGUUUCCUAUGCUGAACGAGCUUGUGAUUCACUCCAAUCCACUCACCAUGGAGAGAAGUGGUGACCCUCCUGUGCUGACCUACUUCCUCCAGGAGAGGCUGGGUAUCAAAAUAGUCCGGAAGAAGACACCUGAAGUUGUGAAACCUCCUUUGAUGAUAUCAGCUGACUCUAAACGAAAGGUCAAAACAAAAAUCCGGAAGGUACCAAAGGCGUCUAUACUGAUGACAACUCCUACUCUAUUUGAUAACCCUGUACUAGAAAAGGGGCAGGAACAUGAUGAACUCUGUUUGAGUCCUGGCUCCCUGGAGAGAAAGUCCACACCGAGCUCUGGCACACAAACCAAGUUAGAGGAGAAUAAAGAGGGGUCAGUUACUAGAUGCUCUGAUGUUAUGGAUGCUGAAGUGGAAUCAGCUAAUGAUCCAUUCCGAGAUAGAGACUCAUUCUUUGUUACCCAGGUAACCAAUUUACCUGAUUCAAACAAACCUCUACUGGACAUGACAGAGGAUUGCAAAGAGAUUGAGAAAAAAGAUUGCAUUGGCAUUCCAGAGAAAUUGAAAGGCUAUGAAUUAUUGUGGGAUGCAAAACCAGAUCCUGAUAUGGUGGAGCCUGUUGGAAUUCAAUUUGCUGUCAGGAUGUUAGAACACACACUCAAGAAUCUCCUUGUCUACAGAGAUUCCCAACCUAAACUUGACAGCUUUCAAACACCAUUCACAGAAAAAGAGAAAAAGAUUGGAAAACUACCACCGCCGAGACCAAGAAAGCUCAAAGGGGAAAGAUUUCAGGAGAUGCUCCUAGAAAUGAAAGAUAGGAAAACAAUCACUAAAGUCCACUUAAACAGUGUUUUAGAAGAAAAAGAUGUCUACAAGGAGGAGUAUGAAGAGGCUUUGACAUUACUAAGGGACAUGAAGAAAAAAUACAAGAUGGUUCAUGUGAAAACAGUAGAACAAGCGACACACAUUGAGUCUGAGACAAACAACCAGAUGUCUCACAUUGACAACUGAAAUAAAAAAUAACA